AUGAAAGCUGCACAAGUUGUAGAGGCAGGUGCCCCUCUCCAACUUCAAGAAGUCCCACUGCCUAAAGCCACUCAUGAUGAGGUUGUGAUCAAAGUGAUUUCUGUAGGCGUUUGCCAUAGUGAUCUGCACUUAUGGGAUGGUGGUUACGAUCUUGGAGGCCAUUAUCCAGUAACCCCUGGCCAUGAAAUUGUUGGUAGUGUCCAUCAGAUGGGUGAUGAAGUAGUUGAUUUUGCUGUUGGGGAUAAUGUUCUUGUAUUCCCUUGGAUUGGUUGUGGUCAAUGCCCGAUUUGUCAAGCGGGCGAUGACAAUGUUUGCGAUAAACCGAGAUCGAUUGGCAUUUUUUGCAAUGGUGGUUAUGCUGAAUAUGUUAUUAUUCCAAGUUAUAAAUAUCUUGCUAAGAUUUCUGGUGUUGAUUUCCAUGCUGCCACAUCGCUUGCUUGCUCAGGUUUAACUGCCUAUAAUGCAAUCAAGAAAGCGAAUGUAAGAUCUCCAGAAUAUUUGGUCAUCAUAGGUACUGGUGGGCUGGGUCUGAUGGGCAUUCAAUUGGCGAAAGCAACAACUCAAGCGAAAAUCAUUUGCGUUGAUAUCGAUGAUCAAAAAUUAAAUAUAGCAAAGAAUUUAGGCGCUGAUUUUAUUGUUAACUCUAGCGAUGGCAAUGCAGUGCAGAAAAUAUACUCCAUCUGUCCUAAAGGCGUCGAUAGUGUUGUCGAUUUUGUUAACGCCUCUCCGACGGCAAAGAUAGGAUUAUCCAUACUUAAGAAGCGUGGGAAUUUAGUGCUUGUAGGAUUAUUUGGUGGUUCUAUCGAAAUCUCUUUAGUGACAAUACCACUAAAGACCUUAAUUAUUCAAGGCGCUUACACAGGUACUUAUAGGGAAAUGGUAGAGUUGCUACAAUUGGCCAAAGAGGGGAUCAUUAAUCCAAUUAUUUCAAAGCAGUAUUCUUUACAAGAGGCUAAUACCGCAUUAAAUGACUUAAAACAGAGGAAGAUUGUAGGGCGAGCAGUAAUCAUCCCAUAA